AUGGCCUCGGAUCGCGGGGUCCCAGGGGCCGGCGUCUUUGGAGAUUUACCCCCGAGUUAUACGCGCUCCCAGCCGCCUGCGAACCCAGACCUACUCCGGAGACCCAGCUACUGCCACGCUGCUUUCGCACUUAAACAGAUCUCAAAGGGUAAGGCGGUAGGUCAGAAAGCUCCUCUGUGGAUCCGGGCGAGGUUCCAGGCCCUCUUGUUCUCUCUGGGCUGCCACAUCCAGAGGCACUGUGGGAAGGUCCUCUUUAUUGGACUUUUAGUAUUUGGGGCUCUGUCUGUGGGACUCCGGGUUGCAGCCAUCGAAACGGACAUCGAACAGCUAUGGGUGGAAGCUGGCAGUCGGGUGAGCACAGAGCUUCGCUACACCAGGGAGAAGCAGGGAGAGGAGUCGGUAUUUACCUCACAGAUGCUUAUCCAGACCCCCAAAGAAGAGGGCACCAAUAUUCUUACCCAGGAGGCUUUGCUGGUUCACAUGGAAGCCGCUCUGUCUGCCAGCAAGGUUCAGGUGUCGCUGUUUGGAAAAUCGUGGGAUCUUAACAAAAUAUGCUAUAAAUCAGGAGUCCCUAUUAUAGAAAAUGUCAUGAUUGAAAGGAUGAUUGACAAGCUAUUCCCCUGUAUGAUAAUCACCCCAUUGGACUGUUUUUGGGAAGGGGCCAAACUACAGGGAGGCUCCGCCUAUUUACCGGGUAUGCCAGAUAUCCAGUGGAUGAAUCUAGAUCCAGUCAAGCUGAUGGAGGAACUGAGUCAGUUCACUUCACUGGAAGGAUUUAAGGAGAUGUUGGACAAAGCCCAGGUGGGCCACGCCUACAUGAACAGGUCUUGUCUAGACCCUUCAGACCCCGACUGCCCCCUUAGUGCACCCAACAAGGAGAAAGGAGAGAGUCCUGACAUUGCUAGGCAUCUCCAGGGUGGUUGCCAUGGUUUCAGCCGGAAGUUCAUGCACUGGCAGGAGGAGCUGAUCCUGGGAGGGCGGGUCAAAAACGGCCAGGAUACUCUGCUGAGUGCGGAGGCUCUGCAGACCAUGUUCCUGUUGAUGAGUCCUAAGCAGCUGUACGAGCACUUUAAAGACGACUAUGAAAUCCAUGACAUCAACUGGAAUGAAGAAAAGGCUACCGCUAUCCUCGAGUCCUGGCAGAGGAAGUUUGUGGAGGUGGUCCAUCAGAGUAUCCCAGCUAACUCCAGCCAGUCCAUCCAUGCUUUUUCCACCACCACCCUCAACGACAUCAUGAAAUCCUUUUCUGACGUCAGCGUCAUCAGGGUGGCCGGAGGAUACCUGCUCAUGCUCGCCUAUGCCUGUGUGACCAUGCUAAGGUGGGACUGUGCUAAGUCCCAGGGGGCCGUGGGGCUGGCCGGGGUGCUGUUGGUGGCGCUGUCAGUGGCUGCUGGACUGGGUCUCUGCUCCCUGCUCGGCCUCUCCUUCAAUGCUGCCACCACACAGGUGCUUCCCUUCCUGGCACUAGGGAUUGGUGUGGAUGACAUGUUUCUGUUGGCUCACUCCUUCACAGAAGCUGGAAGUAACAUCCCCUUCAAGGAACGGACAGGAGACUGUUUGCGUCGCACCGGCACCAGUGUGGCUCUGACUUCCAUCAACAACAUGAUUGCAUUCUUUAUGGCCGCUCUCGUACCCAUCCCUGCCUUGCGAGCUUUCUCCUUGCAGGCGGCCAUUGUGGUCGUGUUUAACUUCGCCAUGGUGCUGCUCAUCUUCCCCGCCAUCCUCAGUUUGGACCUCCACCGACGUGAAGACAAGCGCUUGGACGUCCUCUGCUGCCUGUACAGCCCCUGCUCCGACCGCGUCAUCCACCUGUCCCCGCACGAGCUGUCGGACGCCGGAGAGCAGCCGCACACGCCUACAACAGCGACGGCGCACACACACCAGUACGCUGCGGGAUCCACCAUCACCACCAGCACCCAAAUCACCACCACGGUGCAGGCGUUCACUCAGUGUGACGCAGCAGGACAGCAUAUUGUCACGAUUCUACCGCCUACCUCACAGAUCUCCACCAGCCCACCUUCCAUCAUCCUCUCCAUCACACCUUCCCCCACCACCACCUCAGUGCCAGACCCCUACGGCUCCCAGCUCUUCACCCCUACCUCCAGCUCCACACGUGACCUCCUGGCCCAGGUGGAGGACUCAAGAUCGGGAAAGAAAUGCGUCCCACUUCCUUUCCUGCACUGGAACCUGUCCAGCUUCGCCAGGGAGAAAUACGCCCCUCUGCUCCUCAAGCCGAAAAGCAAAGCCAUCGUGGUGGUCCUCUUCCUGGGCCUCCUGGGUCUCAGCCUGUAUGGGACCACCAUGGUGCACGACGGCCUCUACCUGACCGACAUCGUGCCACGCGACACCAAGGAGUACGAUUUCAUCGACGCCCAGUUCAAGUAUUUCUCCUUCUACAACAUGUACCUGGUGACCAUGGAUGGAUUUGAUUACGCUCGGUCACAGAGGCUGCUGAUCCAGCUGCACAACGCUUUCAACUCUGUUAGAUACGUGGUCAGAGACAGCGACAACAAACUGCCUCGCAUGUGGCUGCACUACUUCCAUGACUGGCUCCGAGGUCUUCAGGCUGCGUUUGAUGCUGACUGGCAGGCAGGCAGGAUUACCGCUGACAGCUAUCGUAACGGCACAGAGGACGGAGCUCUGGCGUACAAACUCCUCAUCCAGACCGGCUCCAAGAAAGAGCCUUUUAACUACAGCCAGUUGACAUCCCGUCGGCUGGUAGACGCAGAGGGUCUGAUCCCCCCGGAGGUGUUUUACAUUUACCUGACAGUUUGGGUCAGUAACGAUCCUCUGGGCUACGCUGCCUCCCAGGCCAACUUCUACCCCCAUCCCAGAGAGUGGAUUCACGACAAGUAUGACACUACAGGAGAGAAUCUGCGCAUCCCGGCUGCAGAGCCCCUGGAGUUUGCCCAGUUCCCCUUCUACCUGAACGGCCUUCGCCAGGCCAGCGACUUUGUGGAGGCCAUCGAGAGCGUGCGUGCCAUCUGCGACGAGUUUAGCCGCAAGGGUGUGUUCAACUACCCUAACGGAUACCCCUUCUUGUUCUGGGAGCAGUACAUCGGCCUCAGACACUGGUUCCUGCUGUCGAUCAGCGUGGUGCUGGCCUGCACCUUCCUGGUCUGUGCGAUUCUCCUGCUCAACCCCUGGACCGCAGGCAUCAUUGUCUUUAUCUUGGCCAUGAUGACGGUGGAGUUGUUUGGCAUCAUGGGUCUGAUCGGCAUCAAGCUGAGCGCCAUCCCCGUGGUCAUCCUGAUCGCCUCUGUGGGCAUCGGAGUGGAGUUCACCGUUCACAUUGCGCUGGGCUUCCUGACAGCAAUUGGCAACAGAAACAAGCGCUCGGCGGUGGCUCUGGAGCACAUGUUUGCCCCGGUGGUUGACGGAGCGAUCUCCACGCUGCUGGGCGUUCUCAUGCUGGCAGGGUCAGAGUUUGACUUCAUCAUGAGGUAUUUCUUUGCUGUGUUGGCCAUCCUGACUGUGUUGGGGAUGCUGAAUGGCUUAGUUCUUCUGCCAGUCCUCCUCUCCAUGAUGGGGCCUCCAGCUGAGGUCACCCCUGUUGACAAUGCCAGCCGCCUGCCCACGCCUUCCCCCGAGCCCCCACUCCCCCCACCCAUGACUCACCAUGGGUACUACACGGGGCACCACAACCCAAGGUCAUCUCAUCAACAAGUGUUUUCGGAAUCGUCUGACUCGGAGUAUUACUCUGAGAUGACCACCACGUCAGGGAUCGGGGAGGAGGAUUAUAAGUACUGUGACCGGAGCGCGUACAUUACAUCGCACACCAGCGUUCCACCUGCUACAUCUCACAUCCUGCUGGAAGCCAGCAAGAACCCCAGCUUCCCCAAGCUCACGGUGGUAAAGCCAUUCAAAGAAAAUACAACAGGCACCGGUGGGAGGAUAGAACCGAUAAAUGAAUCUUCACACAAUGCACAGUCACCUCUCAGCUCCCAGGUUACAUGCUGGGAUGGAAACAAGCGGGAGCAGCAGCAGGGCCUCCACAGGCUCCAGGCUCAGCCCGGCCAACACUUACCCAGUGACAGAGCUCACUUCCCUGGGAGGACUUGUCAAAGCGGCCCCAGGCUUCAGAACGGCAGAGGGCCUCAGCCAAACAGGACUAAAGGGGCAAGCUAUAGCAAUAGCACCUCCGCCCUGCCAACACAACAAGGCUCAACUGGGGGGCCUGUUACCAUGGUUACAGCCACAGCCUCCGUGACGGUGGCUGUGCAUCCAACCUUGCCAGGGGCGGCGUACCAGGGCUACAUGCAUGAAGGUUUUGACACGGACAGUGAGUCGGACUGUUUUGAGGCUGCUAAGAGGACUUGUGGUGACAAAACAAACUUUUCUUCAUGUAAGAGAGACUCUCUAGAGAUCCAGGACUUGGAAGCAACACAGUGCCAGACAGAACAUCAGUUCGGCAAGACACAAGGUGGGUUGAGGAUCCAAGCAGCCAAAGAUUGCUAGACUCUCUCACACACUGUGCCUUCUCUCUUCAAGUCUCUGGCUGCUUCCCAGAGCACCUUGACGCCCUGCGUGGCAUCACAUCACGUCUUGAACUCUCAACUGUACAUAGACUUCACACAAAAAAAAGGAGAGGAUUUAUUUCAAGGACAUAUUAAGAAAAAAAAAAAAGACUUGUUUUAAGAAUUAUAUAAAUCUAUGAGUAUAUAUUUUAAUACUAAAAAAGAGGGAAGCUAUUUAAAAGAGUACUGUAUAACUUGGGUAUACUCUUGUGUAAAAGUUCAGAUGUAAAAGAUUAUUUUUUUUGUGUGGUCGGUUGAUUUUUUUUUCCCUCCACAGUGUAUAGAAUAAGAAAUGUGCUAUAUGUAAAAAGUGUCCACAGAAAGUGAGAUGUUAUUAAGAUAUUAGGCUAUUGAACA